GCCUCACUCCCAGACUCCUUGCAGAACUCUUCGCCUGCUUCCAGGUUGGGCCCUACUCCGAGCCCGCGACGUUUGCUGCAGCCGGGCCACGAUGCCCAGUGAAACUCUCUGGGAAAUUGCAAAAGCUGAAGUGGAAAAAAGAGGAAUUAAUGGAAAUGAAGGUGAUGGAGUAGAAAUUGGAGAAAAAUCUGUUUUCUUCAUUGGCAGUAAAAAUGCGGGAAAGACUUCUAUUAUUCUAAGGUGUCUUGACAGAGAUGAGCCACCAAAACCAACCUUAGCUUUGGAGUAUACAUAUGGAAGAAGAGCAAAAGGGCACAACACACCAAAAGAUAUUGCUCACUUUUGGGAACUGGGUGGAGGAACCUCCUUAUUGGACUUAAUCAGCAUACCUAUCACAAGUGACACAUUACGGAUGUUUUCUCUUGUUCUCGUUCUGGAUCUUUCAAAACCUAAUGAUCUUUGGCCCACCAUGGAAAAUCUCUUGCAAGCCACAAAAAGCCAUGUAGACAAGGUGAUAAUGAAACUGGGAAAGACGAAUUCUGAAGCAGUUUCUGAAAUGAGACAGAAGAUCUGGAAUAAUAUGCAGAAGGACCAUCCUGAUCGUGAAAUAAUUGACCCAUUUCCAGUACCUCUGGUCAUUAUUGGAAGUAAAUAUGAUAUUUUUCAGGAUUUUGAGUCUGAGAAGAGAAAGGUAAUAUGCAAGACACUUCGAUUUGUUGCACAUUAUUAUGGAGCAUCAUUAAUGUUUACCAGCAAGUCAGAAGCUCUGUUACUAAAAAUACGUGGCGUUAUCAACCAGUUGGCAUUUGGCAUUGACAAAAGCAAGUCAAUAUGCAUGGAUCAGAAUAAACCACUGUUUAUCACAGCAGGACUGGAUUCUUUCAGUCAAAUAGGAUCUCCUCCUGUUCCUGAAAAUGACAUUGGAAAGCUUGAUGCCCACUCACCAAUGGAGUUGUGGAAAAAAGUAUAUGAAAAGCUCUUUCCACCAAAGAGUAUUAACAUGCUGAAAGAUAUCAAGGACCCCGCGAGAGAUCCUCAAUAUGCUGAAAGUGAAGUAGAUGAGAUGAGAAUUCAGAAGGAUCAGGCACAUUUAAGGAGAUAUCCUACCAAGAAGCAGGACAAAACAUCAUGUGUUGGGGAUAACCAGGAUUAUUUCCGAGGUGGGAUAGCCUUUAAGAAGCCAUUCCAAUCUGUAGUGUACCUGCUGACCAAGUUCAUUUUGACUUAUCUCCUCUCCAGAGACCUGUUUACAAAUCUAUUUCUGUCCUCCUGUACUGAUUACCUCUAUAUGCAGAAAGCCUGGGGAAAGCAGAAAGAAACAGAAGAUACUCAUGUGGAUAUGAGUUUUGUUUCCAGACAUCCCUAAUAAGGCUGUGUUAUGAAAAUGGAAACAAAACCAUUGCAUUACAAAACAAUAAGCUCGACUUCAGAAGAAGAAAGGAUGACUUGUGGACCAAAAUUCCAGAGGAGUCAGGGGAAGGGCUGGAUGGCACAGAUGAGGCUUUGACUCACCCAAAUAAUGGACAUAUCUGAAAUAGGCACAAAG